AUGAACUUGAUGGGGUUCUGCCUAUCAAGGUGGAAACUCAACAUCAAAAACAACCAGACACACCUACGAACAACGUCUCUUCUGAGCCAGAGAAAGAUUGUAACGAUUAAAGUUACAAAAUUCCAAGAGCCUAGCAAUAAAAAGUUACUAGAACUUACCGAGAUUAACGCUGCCUACCAGUCAGCCCAAGGCUUUCAGCUGCUUGAAAUGGGGCAGGGCGUUUUUCGUGCCUCCUCUUCAGCCCAUAUUCUUACCACUCAAUUGCGAAACAAGCUGGGACGACAAACUGUCUUUCUCACCAAGUAUCGCGGCGCCAAACUCCCGAAAGAACCUCUGACGCCACGCGAGAUUGAGGAGAUGCACCUAAAGCUGCAUCCUGAUACACAUAUAUUCAACGCGGCGCAGGUAAAACAGCAAGAUUCUGACUUGGACAACCGGGACUGGAAUCUACCUUUUACAUCACUAAAAGAACAAUUCUCUUCUGCAGCAGCUGAUGGCUCGCUACAAAAGGCGCAAUCGGAAUCACUACUGUUCAGUCGACUGCCGCUCGAAGUGCGCAUGCAGAUCUGGCGUCAUGUAGUAGGCAAUCACAAAGUACACUUGACUGUGCAUCGUGGUAGAUUGAGGCAAUCUGCGUUUGAGUCGAAUAAUUAUCACUGGAUGCCGCACAGAGGACUUUUGGGAGUCCCGCUUGUUUGCCGUGCAGCAUACAUCGAGUCCAUUUCAUCUCUCUACUCCGCCAAUACCUUUUGCUUUGGCUUUGGCCAAGCCAGCUCAAAGUCAGCCCUCAUGUCGCUCAGCACCAUGCUUCCCAAGCAACAUAUUGCUUUCAUCCAACACAUCGAAGUUGGAUGGCAUUUAUAUGCCGGUGUGAGUCAGUACUAUGACAGCCAUCCGCAAGCCUGGGACAUCAGCAUGGAUGUCCCAGCACCAGAGACUGAAACUCUCUGGAACAAUGUCUGCGCUGAGUUGGUAGAAAUGUCGUAUCUUCGGACGUUGCGGAUCGUGGUUUGGCUAUCUGGUGAUGGUAGAGCAAGGUUUAUUGAGAAAGAGACUGACAUGCUUGCACCGCUUGUUGCGAUGAGGCAUUUGCAGCGGUUUGACGUCCACUUGCCUUGGAAGCAAGAUGAUACUGAGCUGUGGAAGGAUGCACCGUUUAGGGUUUCUAGAGGUUUCAGAGUUAAGGAUAUAUAUGGUGUGAGCAUUCCGCUACUUGAUGAUGAUUUUUACUGGUCAGGCUCGGUUGCUCAGCAAAGGGUGUAUAGGUGA